AUGAACCUGAGCUGGUCUGAGCAGCUGGAUUCGCUACUCAAUGCUACGGACGGAAAUAUGGCCAGGAUUAAGCAGCGGUUGUAUCCCCGCGGCGUCUCUGCUGCAGCAGGAGAUCUGACUGGGACCUGGAUUCCCCCAAAUCACUUGCUUUCCCAACCAGGAGGAGCCCAAGCUCAACAGCCUUGGGCUCUGGAGACCCCUAUUGUUCCAGAGAGGCUAAAUUGGGCUGAGGUCCAUAAGGCAACUUCUCUCUGGGAUGAAGUUACUGUUCUUAGAUCCCAGCUUCGAUCCCAGGGUCAGGUGACUGAGGCACUAAGACAAGCUGUGCAGGGCCUACUGAAAGAGCAAGAGCAGCAGAAGUACCAGAUCUGUGCCCUGGAAGCAUCACUAAAGUUGCUGCAGGGGGGCCCAGAGCGGAAGGCUAUUCUCCUGGAGCAACGCCUGGACCGGCUGAGAAGGGAAAUGAGGGGCCUUCGGAGCCAGGUGCAAGAGCAGGCCCAAGCCCAAAUACAAGCAGGUCCACAAAAGUGCAGUGUUACCAGUGGCUUUCACCAAAAGCUGCAGAGUGACCCAGCAUCAGGAGCUGAUGCUGAAACAGAUGGCUGA